GCAACAAGCACAAACAAAAAUAAUAAUGGCGUCCAAUAAGACAUUCGAAGAUUUAGACCUUUCUCGGGAAGAAAUUAAGCGAAUAGAAGAAGCGUUGAAAGAUGAAAAGUUCCGGAAAAUGUUUGUUGAGUAUGCGGAAGAGAUCUCGAAUCCGGAGAAUCGCAAACGGUACGAGGAAGAAAUUGCAAUGAUGGAACAAGAAAAGGGAAUGGACGUGCAAUUCGUUAACCCUGAACCAGGUCACACCAUCAAAACUACUAUUGAUGGUAAAAAAUCGUUCAUUAACAUUUGCAAGAACGAUAAAAUGGGGAAACCAUCAUCCCAUCGACGAACCAAUAAUACAGGUGUCAGUGGUUUGCAGUGGCAGAUCCCACAUUCGUUUUCCCCACCUAGGGAAGAGUUCGACAAGGCUAAGAAAACUUGCAUGGUGUAUGAUGUUGUUUUCCAUCCAGAUACGUACACCAUGAGUCGUAAUCAACAGUUUAGAAAGAUGGUCGAAGAUACUGCCAUGGAAGGCAUUGAAAGGCAGUUUGGUGUGAAGAUUGACAAAAACAACAUUCGUCAUCCGAAGCUGAAUUAUAAGGGAGCACCCGUUGCAACAGUUAUUAGAUCCAGAAAAGGUGAUAAAAAGCUUGCAGACAAUAGUGGCCCUUUGGCAAACAUGCCAUAUCCAUAUGGAGAUAAAACGAGCGCAGAACUGGCUGAAGAAAAAAAGAAAGAAAUUGCAAAACGUUACAAGGAUAAAGCCAAUCAAGAGAGUAAAACAAAAUUUAAUAAAAACACUAAGAAGGAAGACGAUGGCUACACUACCCCGAAGUAUACGAUAAUUCACCGAACAAAUAUGGACUUGCAGGAAUAUCGCAAUGCGCCUGAUUCACGACCAUCCACUAGGCCCAAAGAAAUUGUAGUCUCAAUUGAACUGCCUCUGUGCAAGUCUGCGACUGGUGUUGAUCUUGAUAUAUUUGAAGAUAAACUUUUUCUGCAGUGCCAGGAACCAGCAUACAAGCUUGAUUUGAAACUGCCGUAUUUUGUUGAUGAUGAAGAAGGGUCUGCUAGGUUUGAUAAGAGCAAAAAAAGUCUUGUCGUUAUCCUGCCAGUUGUAGCAGUAGAGGUUCCGAGCAUCCCAACUUUCAUUGAAGAGGAUGGAACAAAUAGCGGUGAGAAUGACGCACUACCUUCUUUGAUAGAAGAACUUCCACCCCUGGAAGAGGUAGCUGAUGGCGUUAUCACUAAUGAUGAAUUCCUUCCACUGGAAGACAUCAAAGAUUUGGACAAAGAUACGCAGCCAGAAUUGUUCUCAAAAAGCCUAAAGGCAGAAUUGUCAUAUAUCAUGCCGCAGUAUGACUUUAAUCAAGACAUUGAGACUGUUACCUUUAUUUUCCAUGUGAGGAACAUCAAAGAAGAUUCUGUGACUAGGUCAUUUAAAAACCCUAGCUCAUUAGAGGUGAAGUUCAUCUCUGUUGGCUCAGGUGGUUUCCCCAUGCACUACAGCUUCUUUGCUGACUUUGAUCCUGCUAACAAGCUUGUAGCCGAGCACACUUCUGUUGAUGUUGGGGACAAGAACACCACAGUAACCCUGCUGAAGCACAAAAGCUGCAGAUCGCUCUGGAACAAGUUUCUGGCAGGCCCAAGCAUUACUUCAACAGUGGAGAAGCUGUUUCUGACCACCGACAAUCUUCAGGAGGACCUAGAUCAGCUGCAGGCAGAGGGAAAAGCCAUGGGACAGGCGGAUACACACAAGGACUCCUACCAUGACAAAGUCAAGGUUACAGAGAUGAACGAGAAGAAGCUCUCGCUUAAGAUCAUGAAGUCAGGGUCAAGUUUCAGCGAGGACAACGAGGCCGGCAUGAGCGAUGAUGAGGCCCCACUCUCCGCCAGCAUUGAGGUCGUCCACUCGAAGGAAGUGCCCAAUCUCCAUGGCAUCCUAAAACAACGGUCCAUUUCCGAGUCAAGUGAGGACCCUACAUCAUCCAGUGGUGACAGCCCAACAAGCACAAGUCCCAGGGACAACGAUGGUGGUCGACACUCUGUCACGUUCAACAGCCAUAUUGACCGAGCCUCGUUUAAAACCAAUGCCUCAGUGAGCAGCAUGACUCAGGCACUGAAGAGUAAGAGGCGUAACAGGCGUAAGCGUGAGGAAAGGAAAGAGAGAGGUCCACGGAGACGUCAUAAUAGCGCCAGCUCAGAAGGCAGCUCAUGUGAUGAGGGGGACCUCAGGUUAGGGGCAAAGGCUCAUGAGGGUGGCAAUGCUGAGGAGGAAACCACUGACAAACUUGUAAAAAAAUCUGAUAACUGUGAAGUGAUCGAAGAAGACCGAGAGAAUGAAGAAAAAGAAGCAGAAGAAGAGGAUAAUAGUGAAAAUAAACUGCCCAGAUAUCAGAUGCAUUCUAAAAAUUGUGCAUCAGGGAAGUCAGAGAAGUGUGAAUCGGGGAACAUAGGCAGCAAGAUCGCCUCACAGGUAAUAAACAAGCUAGCUACAAGCAAAGAGGAUGCUGAUGAUGAAGAUAGUGAUGAUGAUGUGGAGGAUGGUGAGAGAACUGUUAAAUCAAGUGAAAUUGAUACUGUGAUAAAUACAGAUGAAAACCAGAAGAAAUUUGUUGAUAAGAUAAGUGAUGUGGCAGAAGUUGCUAAGAAAGUGGAAGGAAUUGAUCUCAAUAGUGGUACAAAUGGCAGUUCAGAAGACUCAGGGGGUUCUAAUGCAGAUUGUGAUACAGCUGGUGCAAUGAACGACACAAAUCAGGGCAAAGGCAGUAAAAAAACAACGGGAGUAAGAUUAAAAGGUGCGAAUGGUGGUAAUGGUUAUAAUGGCAAAUCUGAAAGUAAGGGAAGUAAAGAAGAAAACGGCAGUGGCAAGAAAGAGGAAAGUGGGAAGGGUGAUAAUGCUGCAGAUGGGAAAGGAAAGAAUGAGGUGGAGACUGAGAUGAGCUGGAGAGAUUCGGACAGAAAUAAUCCGUACAACGCACACCGCACACAAUGUGCCUUCAACUUCUCAAAUGAUGUCCUGUUUGACUUGGACAUUGAUUAAGCACAGAUAACAGUUCCAUACACAUGAAAUCUAGACCAUCCAUAAAAAAAAUUGUUUGUUUUACUGAGGCUUGACCCAAAAUGGAAACUCUGGAAUUAUUAUGUUUACUUUUCUGCUUAAUAUUAAAACUGGGAUAAUUCUUGUAAAGCAUUCAUAUAAAUUACAUAAUGUGUGUCAGAAUUUUUAAAUGUUUCAGAUGCUAUUUGCAGUUAUUACUCUUCAUAGGGGGACCUCUUGUAGAUACAUUGUGUAGGUCCAUGUUUAUGACUUUUACAUGUAUACUCGUGGUAAAAUUUUGCAUAGAUAUGCUAAGGUUUACAUGUACAGUAAAACACAUUUUCCGGAAGACAUGUUCAAGAAUAAACAAUUGCCAGGUGUUAGAAUUUAGAAAUUUGAUUUCACACAGUAGAAAGGAAAUGUGAUUUGGUGUGAAAAAACGAUUAUCAUCGUUUACACUUACCUCUAUUUAAGGAAUGAAUUGCAGAAUUAUAAUGACAUCAAUCACGCAAUUCAUUUCUUAUUUUUACACCAAUAUUUCAUCAUUUCUUUCCAGAAUUGUGAAUAAAAUACAUAAUUUCAUUUAAGAAAAAUUCUUUCUCAUGUAUGCUGUUAAUAGGACGACCCGACCCGUUUACACAUUUUAUUGCUGCGGACAAAAGAGUCCCAAAUUAAAAUCACUUUCUUUACGUAAAAUUGAAACGCUUAUGACAACAAUACAUUUAACAAAUCUUAAGUAAAAAUUCUUCAACAUGUUGUUUAAAAUACUUGUGGACUGCUGACACAAUACAAACAAUAGUAUGCUUUUUAUAUUAAGACACAAUGAUUUGCAAUUCGAAGAUAUUGCGUUUAUCGGACAAUAUUCGCAAUUCCUGAAAGGCCAUCCAUCGAAGGAAUGGAAAUUAAAGGUAUAAAUAUUACUUGAUGAGGGCAUUUGAGAAGAUAAUUUUGAGCAGUUAAUGAUGAGAAUUUAAUCGUGCAUAUUAUGAUGCAACGGUGCGCGAGACAGACAAGAUGCCCCAAUUAUCCAUCCCUGAUUUUGGGAAACUUAAAUCUGACUAAUGAAAAUACAUUGUAAGGCAUAUCCUAACCGUAACAGACUUAAAACUUUGGUCGUUUUAAAAAUCGGAUCACUUGAGGUUUUAGUUCAGGCCCGGCAUCCUCGAGGGACUGCAGUUUUACUGUGCAAAAGUCUUGACUGGAUAACUUAAUAUCAUACAUUGUAUGAAGUCAUAUAUAGCACUAGUAAUUCUGAUAUCUACUGUCACUGUGAAGUCAUUUAUUUGUAUUGCUGAACAUAUUUUUGGGCUGUAAUAGAUGUGCAACAAUUCAAUCGCAAGAAUAAAUUAAAGCAUUUAAGUUUUCAUUGACAGGCCCAGGAAGAAUUAAUGGCAGAAAAUUGAAUGCGGCAAAAAUAAAAGAUUUUACAUUAGAUAAAUUGUGAUUGCACACACAUAUGAAUUUUGUUUUUUAGUGAAUUUAACAGAUAACAGUUUAGUGUGUCCUAAAUUGAAAAAAAAUAUAAAAAAAAUCGUCAGCAUCAUUGUGUCACUCAUCAACUGAAUUUUGCGACUGAAAAUAUCCUAGUCAUGAAAUGACAAUAAAAUUUGUGAUAAAUAUUAUGAUUCCAAUUAUAUGUGCUGUUUGAUAGUAGAUAUUAUUCGCUAGUAGGCACCUGUGAUAAUUGUUUAAUUAGAGGAAUUAAUUAUUGUUACACAAGGUGUUUUUCAAAACCUUUAAGACCUGUCACAAAGAAAUCAUACAGUAUCGCAUGAUAAACAUCCAUGAAAUUUAAAUGGGCAAAUGUGUUCUGUUUAUAAUUGUAUUGUACUUUAUAUUUUGUUAUUUCCCUAAAAGUCGAUGCAUUUAAAUGAUUUAUGCAACUUGUUAUGUUGUUCACUAUUUUUUGUUUCAUAUAUUUUCACAUAAACACUUUUGUUAAGAAAUCCAUUAGUGUUUUACACCAUGAAAGUUUUUUACAAAUGUAUGUCAGUGUUUUACAUUGCAAAUUUUAAUAGAAAAACCUGGCAGUCUGUAGAAGUUUUAACAUAUUGAAUUAAUUGUAUAUAAUUCAGGGCUAUUUCAGAAAAACAUCUCACCGUUACCCACAAGGGGAUGGCAUUUUUUUUAACAUUUAUAAUGGGGUGUCUUUCUCGCUAAUUUGCAUCUGUAGGUGAUUGUCAAAUGGUGAAAUUUGCUUCUCAUGGGGUGUAGAAAUCUAAAUCACACAUGAUGUAAGGGUGGAAACCACUUCAGAGCAAUGGAACAGAUCAUUUGUGUAACCUCCCUUGAAAUGUUUAUAUUUUGCCGAAUACUGUGGUGUUUUCUGUUGAUCACAAAAAAUGGCUGAUUUUUGGCGGUUACUCGAUGUAGAGGGGCUUUCAAAUGCCCUUAAAGAAAGAGGCUUUGCCAAUUAUGCGUAAAGAUUGAAAGCUAGUUACUUAUCAAAUGCUGCCCAGUCCAAUUUAUCAUUAUUGGCACCUGCACAGCUCGUACUUGUACGUUUUCGUACCAGUUAGGAAAAAUUAGGAUUCAUUGUAUACUGAUUAACUUUUAAUAAACUCAGACAGUUGUAAAUUAAAUGAAUAAAAAAUGUGAUUAUUGUUUGUUUUUAACCAGGUUUUCAACGAAAACCGGGUUAUUAGAAUGAGGUUGUCGUUGGGCUGGCGGGCGGGCGCUCGUCAAACAUUGGUUUCUGUUCAAUAACUUUAGUUAGCAUUGAUAGAUAUUGAUGAAACUUGGUUUGUAGGUAGCUUAUGGGAAGAGCUAGCUUGGGAUUGCUUUUGAGGGGGGUGGGGCUAAGGUCAAGGUCACUGUUACUAAAAAUAGAAAAAUGGUUUCUGCCUAAUAACUUUAGUUAGCAUUGAUAGAUAUUGACGAAACUUGGUGUGUAAGUUGCUUAUGUGAAGAGCUAGCUUGGGAUUGCUUUUGAGUGGGGAGGGGCUAUGGUCAAGGUCACUAUUACUUAAAAUAGAAAAAUGGUGAAGGUCACUGUUACUUAAAAUAGAAAAAUGGUUUCUGUCCAAUUACUUUAGUUAGCAUUGACAGAUAUUGAUGAAACUUGGUGUGUAGGUAGCUUAUGUGAAGAGCUAGCUAUGGAUUGCUUUUGAGGGGGUGGGGCUAAGGUCAAGGUCACCUGUUACUAAAAAUAGAAAAAUGGUUUCUGUUCAAUAACUUUAGUUAGAAUUGAUAGAUAUUGACGAAAGUUGGUGUGUAGGUAGCGUAUGUGAAGAGCUAGCUUGGGAUUGCUAUUGAGGGGGGAGGGGUCAAGGUCACUGUUACUUAAAAUAGAAAAAUGGUUUCUGCCCAAUUACUUUUGUUAGCAUUGACCGAUAUUGAUGAAACUUGGUGUGUAAGUUGCUUAUGUGAAGAGCUAGCUUGGGAUUGCUUUUGAGUGGGGAGGGGCUAAGGUCAAGGUCACUUUUACUUAAAAUAGAAAAAUGGUCAAGGUCACUGUAACUUAAAAUAGAAAAAUGGUUUCUGCCCAAUAUCUUUAGUAAGCAUUGACCGAUAUUGUUGAAACUUGGUGUGUAGGUAGCUUAUGUACAGAGCUAGCUUGGGAUUGCUUUUGAGUGGGGUGGGGCUAAGGUCAAGGUCGCCUGUUACUAAAAUCAGAAAAAUGGUUUCUGCCCAAUAACAUAAAUUAGCAUUGAUAGAUAUUGAUGAAACUUAGUGUGUAGGUAGGUUAUGUGAAGAGCUAGCUUGGAAUUUCUUUUGAGUGGGGAGGGGCUAAGGUCAAGGUCACUGUUACUAAAAAUAGAAAAAUGGUUUCCGCCCAAUAACUUUAGUUAGGAUUGACAGAUAUUGAUGAAACUUGGUGUGUAGGUAGCAUGUGAAGAGCUAGCUUGGGAUUGCUUUUGAGUGGGGAGGGGCUACAGUCAAUGUCACUGUUACUUGAAAUAGAAAAAUGUUUUUUGUCAAAUAACUUUUGAUAGCAUUGAUAAAUAUUGUUAAAACUUGGUGUGUAGGUAGCUUAUGUACAGAGCUAGCUUGGGAUUGCUUUUGAGGGGGGUGGAGCUAAGGUCAAGGUCACUGUUACUAAAAAUAGAAAAAUGGUUUCUGCCCAAUAACUUUAGUUAGGAUUGAUAGAUAUUGACGAAAUUUUGUGUGUAGGUACUAGUAGCUUAUGUGAAGAGCAAGCUUGGAAUUUCUUUUGAGGGGGGUGGGGUCAAGGUCACUGUUACUAAAAAUAGAAAAAUGGUUUCUGCCCAAUAACUUUAGUUAGCAUUGAUAGAUAUUGAUGAAACUUAGAGCGAAGGUAGCUUAUGUGAGGAGCUAGCUUGGGAGAUGGGGUCAAGGUCACUGUUCCUAAAAAUAGAAAAAUGUUUUUCUGCCCAACAACUUAGUUAGAAUUGAUGGAUAGUGAUGAAUGUUAGUGUGAAUAUAGCUUAUAUGAAGCUGCAGAUCUAUUGAACUUCCUCAUACAACAAAUUAAUUGGCUAUAAUUUCUGAUUGCCCAUAACAAAAACCUGGUUUCGUCGCAUUGCGGCGCUUCUAGUUUCUUAUAAGUAAGGCUAGGAGUGGAUUUUGUUCUGGAUAUUUCUAUGUUAACACAAUAUAGACAUUUUGUGCUUUAGAAAAUUUAUACAAUUAAUAUUACUGUAGCAUCACUAGUAUUGUUAAUUUCAAUGUAUCUUCAGCAACAAGAUGUAUAUAUAACCAUAAAACACAGUGACUAUAGAGUCUAACAUUAAAAUGAUGUCCUCUAAAAUCUUAAGAAAGUCUUGUGAAUUAAAACAGAACUGGUUUAACGUCUGUUUUUAUCAUUAACAGCAUCCAGAAAAGGCUGAUGCAAGUCUGAAAACUUGAAACCAAAAAAAAUCUUUUCCGUUUCCAGUAAAUUAAAAAUUUGCUUUUAUGCUUGUAAAUUUUAAAAUGCUUCCAAAGGAGAUUAUUCCAUGUCGGAAAAAAACAAAUCGGGGUAGGACCUCCAAACAGUUUAUUUGCUUCCGUCGGGUUUUGUCUUAUUCAAAAGUGCCUUCCCCCAGUGGCUUAUAUGUUUAAUUGGAAUAGCCCUCACUAAACUGACAUGAACUAGGUUUUGUUGAUUAUCAUUACUGUGUACUUAUUGUGCUGUGUAAAAACAACUUGGGUUUUCUUACCAUUGUGUUUGUUUUUGGCCUUUGGUUUAUUUUGAUACGUUUUUGCCAGAAGUAUUUUAAGCUCGACUAUUCAAAGUAUAAGGAGAGCUAUCCUAGUCACCCGAGCGUCGGUGUCGGCGUAACCACUUAUGUUAAAGUUUGCGUACCACCUCAAAUAUUUUCAAAGUCCAUUGACAUAUGGCUUUGAAACUUUGCACACUUGUUCACCAUUAUGCCCCCAACCUAUACACAGGAGGAUGUAACUCUUAUCAAGCAUUUUGACAAAAUUAUGCCCCUUCUUCUACUUAAAAUUUACGUUAAAGUUUGCGUACCACUUCAAAUAUUUUCAAAGUCCAUUGACAUCUGGUUUCAAAACUUUGCACGCUAGUUCACCAUCAUGCCCCAAACCUAUAAACAGGAGGAGGUAACUCUAUCCAGCAUAUUGACCAAAUUAUGCCCCUUUUUCUACUUAGAAUUUACGUUAAAGUUUGCGUACCACCUCAAAUAUUUUCAAAGUCCAUUGACAUCUGGCUUUCAAACUUUGCACGCUUGUUCACCAUCAUGCCCCCAACCUGUACACAGGAGGAGGUCACUGUAUCAAGCAUAUUGACAGAAUUAUGCCCCUUUUUCGACUUAGAAUUUACGUUAAAGUUUGCGUACCACCUCAAAUAUUUUCCUAUUCAAUUUAUGUUAAUAUCUCAGCACAUCAUGUAUUGCAUUGAAAUCUAAUCUAACAGUGAUCCAUGCAUGUUUCGCCAAAACUUUUCAAUCCAUACACCGAAAAGCAGCGGGAUAGUCGAGUGCGCUGUCUCUGUGACAGCUCUUGUUGAACUAUAUUAUUAUGGAGAGAAAUGUUUUUAAUAGUUAAAGUAAGUACAUUGUGUUCAUAAAGAGUUUCAUCCAAAAAGUUCUGAGAUAUUGAGGUUUUACUUAAAACUUGAGAUAAAACUCAUGUGUUUAUAAAAUUGUUUAUGACAAAAUGGUAACAUUUUGGAUAUCCAAAUGGUUUGAUGUGACUUGAUUAUUUCAAUCAGAUGAACAUAUAACUUAAGUUUGCCUUUUCAACACAAUCAUUAUCAUCACAUUAACAAUAGUUGGCACCCAAUGCAAAAAAAGGCCAGCAGUAUCAGGACUACCCAAGAACUCUGGCGCUUGUAUAAUAUCUAAUGAUUGCCAACUCUCUGUGCCUGCUGUUGGUGGAGCUAUUUGUAUAUUAUAGCACACAUUUACAUGUGAUCAGGUUUUCCACAUUUAUGCAUCAAUUGAUGUGUUUUGAGAACAAUUUGUUAUAACUGUAAUUAUUAUGCACCAGUCAAUUGUAACAUACCCCCCCCGGUCCGGGGAAUAGCGGGGACUUUUACUUUCGGUCCAGCCAACCCCGGGUAAAAUCUCCGCCCUGCGGGGAUGAACUGAUGGUCAAAUCCCCGCCAAAUGCCCCCGCACAGCAGGGAGCCUAGGUAAGGCAAAUUCCCUGCUACAUUUUGCGCAAAUUCCCCGCUACAUUUUGUGCAAAGACAAAACCACUGCAUUCACCCGGCACUGCGGGGCGACCUGAAAGGUAAAAACACGGCCCAUUUCCCCGGCUAUCCCUGGUAUACCCCUGGACCUGGGGGGGCUGUGGUUACAAUUGACAGGUGCAUUGAUUUAACAAUUGUGAAAAAUGAGAUGACAUUUGUUGUUUGUGGGUUGCUGUAUUAUAUCAAUUAGAGCAACAUGUAUAAUGGUGCCUACAUGAUAGGACAUGUUUUAUGUACAUGGAGGACUGUUUACUUUGUAAGAGGGACAUUGAAACAAUAAAAGAAACAUAA